GGAACAGCUAGCCCCGGUGUUUCUACAACUCAGUGGCCCAUUUCAGGGGGGAGUAACAACCUGGCUACCGUGGAUAUAGUUGUGCUCGUACUUUACUUUCUGUUGGUGCUGGCAGUUGGUUUCUGGUCUAUGUGGAGGACAAAACGCAGCACCGUAGAUGGAUACUUUUUAGCUGGGAAAAGUAUGACCUGGUGGCCAGUGGGGGCUUCACUGUUUGCCAGCAACAUUGGUAGUGGACACUUCAUUGGUCUGGCAGGUUCAGGAGCUGCUGCAGGGAUUGGGGCAAUUGCAUAUGAGUGGAAUGGGAUUCUGAUGGUGCUUCUGCUGGGAUGGCUCUUCCUGCCCAUUUAUAUUUCCUCUGGGGUGACAACCAUGCCUGAAUACUUGCAGAGACGCUUUGGUGGAAGAAGAACGCAGUUAUUCAUAGCCGUCUUGUCCUUAUUUAUUUACAUCUUCACAAAAAUAUCGGUGGACAUGUAUGCAGGUGCACUGUUCAUUCAGCUCGCCUUACAAAUUAACAUCUACCUGGCCAUAGUGCUGCUCCUCUCAAUCACUGCUCUCUACACUGUAGCAGGUGGUCUUGCUGCAGUCAUCUAUACUGAUGCAGCUCAGACCGCUAUCAUGCUGGCAGGAGCUCUCACCCUCAUGGGCUUCAGCUUUGCUGAAGUUGGAGGAUGGAAUGCUCUGAUGGAGGGUUACGGCAAUGCCAUUCCCUCGAUACGAGUUCCCAACUCGACCUGUGGCAUACCUCGAGACGAUGCCUUCCAUAUUUUCAGAGACCCGGUGAAUUCUGACUUGCCUUGGCCCGGUGUUAUUAUUGGCAUGUCAGUCCCCUCUAUGUGGUACUGGUGCUCUGAUCAGGUGAUUGUGCAGCGCUCUCUGGCUGCCAAGAACCUGACCCAUGCAAAAGGUGGCUCCCUGUUGGCUGCGUACCUUAAGAUCCUACCUUUCUUUGCCAUCAUGCUUCCCGGCAUGAUCAGCCGGAUUCUCUACACAGACGAAGUGGCGUGUGCAGACCCAGAUUUGUGCAAAGAGAUUUGUGGUAACUCGGUGGGUUGUUCAGACAUUGCCUACGCCAAACUGGUCAUGGAGUUGCUGCCUGUUGGACUGCGGGGUCUAAUGAUGGCCGUGAUGAUUGCCGCUCUCAUGUCAUCCAUGACGUCCAUCUUCAAUAGUGCCAGCACCAUUUUUACCAUGGACUUAUGGAGGACUUUCAGAACCCGUUCCUCUGAAUGGGAACUCAUGAUUGUGGGCAGAGUGUUUGUGCUGGUGUUGGUGGUUGUGUCGGUGCUGUGGAUUCCAGUCGUCCAGGCCAGUCAGGGUGGCCAGCUCUUCAUCUACAUCCAGUCCAUCAGCACCUACCUGCAGCCACCUGUGUCCAUUAUCUUCCUCAUGGGAUGCUUCUGGAAGAGGGCCAAUGAGAAGGGUGCAUUCUGGGGGCUCGCUAUUGGCCUCACAAUAGGUUGCAUACGCAUGUUGCUGGACUUCAUUUACCCUGCUCCCCUGUGCUAUGAAGAGGAUGAUAGACCUGCAGUCCUGAAAUAUGUACAUUACCUGUACUUCUCCAUGUUGCUGUCUUUCAUCACCCUUAUUGUGGUGGUUGUAGUCAGCCUGGCAACCGAGGAGCCUGCUCCAGAGCAGAUAAGCCGUCUUACGUGGUUUACACGGUUUGACCCGGUGAACCUUAAACCGGAGCAAAGAAGCACAAACCUGGAAGUGAUUACAACUCAAAGGAGUGAGACGAGCAACAACGGACAAGCAUGUCAUCAAAGUAGUGACUCUUUAUCCAGCACUCACAGUCAUUCCAGAUGUGUUACUGUCCUCUACUGGCUCUGUGGAAUGGAAAGACGGAGGGAGGACGCCAGCGAGCCUGAGCCUGCUCCUGUACCUGAGCAGGCAAUCUGUUCUUUGGAAGAAAAGACGAGUCUACGACGAGUGGUGGACGUUAAUCUCAUCAUUUGUCUCUCAGCGACUGCCUUCAUCAUUGGUUACUGGGCUUGA